AUGAUGUUGCUAUAUAGUUGUCACUCCAUUUAGUCCUUUCUUGUUUUGUUUCCCCACAGGUAUUCCAAGAAACCGUCCUUGAUUGGACUAGUAUGCGUGUUUGACCGUGUUUGACCAUCACCCAUUCACCAUGUCCAAUUACUCCGAUUCAGAGUAUACAGACUGCGGUAACUCCUCCUGUGACCCUUUCAGUUAUAACUAUCCUGACCGAGAAUUCAAGAUACCCAUCCCUAUCUAUAUCUACGCUGCCCUGGCCAUCGUGGGCGUCUUAGGCAACGCCAGUAUCAUCUUAGUAAUCGUCUUGAACGCUGAGCUGCGCCGCUCCCAGAUCAACGUCUUAAUCAUCCAACUUGCCAUCGGGGACCUCCUCUUCAUCCUCCUGACGGGACCGAUUAAGAUAGAACAUGAGAUCGAUCCCUUUUGGGAGUCCGGUGCGGCUGCCUGUAAGGCCUACCGGUUCGGUGAGACCUUAGCCAUGGGCAUCUGCGUUUACUCCAUCACGGCCUUCAGCAUCCGUCGCUUCAUGGGUGUCGUCAUGAGGAAAGGGGAGAGGAACUAUACCAACGUACUGGUGUGCGCGGAGUGGGUCACCUCAAUCGCUAUCGCGGUCCCCACGCUCUUCAUAGCCAAGAUGGAGCCGAGUCUACGAGGGGAUAGAUUCGUCUGCCGUUUCUCAUACAGUGACGUGCCGGCUAAGAUCUACGUAGCUUUCUGGGUGAGCUUCUUGUACGCGAUUCCGCUGAUCAUCAUCGCCUACACGAACGUCUCGGUUAUUGUAAAGCUUCUGCAGAGUACAAGGAAGUUCUCCGGGGAGCAGGUCAACCGAUCCCUCCUGAAACAGUUCAAGAUUCGCCGCAACCGAGCCGCAAUGUUCAUACUUAUCACUGUGUUCUUCGCGGUGUUCUGGCUGCCUUACUACGUAUAUCGUUUCUUGCAUAUAUUCUAUGCGGGUUCGGGGGACAACCCGCUCCUGGACAUCUCGCGUAACGUACAUUACUAUGCAGCUAUUGCUAAUUCCUGCUGUAAUCCUUACGUCAUGUAUAUGAUGAGCUCCAAAUACAGACAGGCCCUCUGUUGUCGACUGUCUGCCAGGAAAACGGGAAUAACUUCGGCGAACUCCGUGAGGAGUGUUCGCGUCAGGACAACGCAGUUCAGUUCAUUGAAAACCAAACAGCAGGACUAAAGAUGAGCCAAGCACUGAAAUCAAGACAAAAACUAUUAUCUGCAUAGACAGUGUUUUGAUUAAUGACUGCAGUAUUUUAUUAAAAAAUCAUUCAAAUGCACUAUAUCUGUAUAUGCCGUCUAAGUAUUUAAGAAAACACACAAUGUAAACUAAGAUUGCAUAUUCACUACCUUAUGGAAACCGAGAACAAAACAGAAAAGUUGUAAACAGGGAGUUUCUGAAGACUGGGGUGUUCCACAAGGAAGUUGUGUGCAAAGUCUAUGGGAAGUUCUCAACUACAGGGACAAAGAAAAGAACAAAAGAUGUCUCCACAGGGGGAUGAAACCAAAAAGUAUGUGUGUAGUCUUGUAUCAAGGCACCACUGUGAGAAAUAAUCUUUUAAAAAUUCAUUUGAAAUGAAGUAUUUCAGCUGGCUAAAUUUGCUUCUUCAUUGCCCCCCCCCCCCCUCA